CUAGAGGCUAAAAUGCUGGUAUUUUAUUUUAUUUUAUUUUAUAUUUUUUUAUGUUACAUUCAUGUGGGGAAAAAAAGGCCAAGCGAGCAGAAACAGAGAAAAAGACAGAGAAAAGAGGCAGAGGAGAGCACAAGCAUCGAAAGAAAAGGUUUUUGUGUCUUACUCUCUUCUUUGAAGAAGAGAGUGGGAGAGAAUGGAGUUUGAGACAACCAGCAGUUGGAUAUGGGAUGGGGUGCAUCACCACCCACAUGUCUUUGGCUGUUUAAUGUUAACGGCUGCCUUGUUGGGAUUGUCCACCAGCUAUUUUGGUGGAAUUGGACUUUCUUCUUUCCCUUAUAUGUGUUGGGAUCUUGGUUUUUUCUACAAGAAGAGAUGUGAGAAGAAGAAACCCAUUCGCGUUUACAUGGACGGUUGCUUUGAUCUUAUGCAUUAUGGCCAUGCCAAUGCUUUAAGGCAAGCUAAGGCUUUGGGUGAUGAAUUGGUAGUAGGUGUUGUCAGUGAUGAGGAGAUUAUUUCCAAUAAGGGUCCCCCUGUUUUGCCUAUGGAAGAGAGGUUGGCUCUUGUCAGUGGAUUGAAGUGGGUGGAUGAAGUCAUAGCCAAUGCUCCAUAUGCCAUUACAGAGCAGUUCAUGAAAACUCUCUUCAAUGAGCAUAAGAUUGACUAUAUCAUACAUGGUGAUGAUCCUUGUCUGCUUCCUGAUGGAACUGAUGCUUAUGCCUUAGCCAAGAGAGCUAGACGCUACAAGCAGAUUAAACGUACUGAAGGGGUCUCCAGCACAGAUAUUGUAGGAAGGAUACUUGCUGUGAAUGAUACAAAAGCUUGUAAUCAUGAUGAUAAAUUGUCUUCACCUGGAGAUUCCUUCACUGGAAAUCAAUCCAGUAGUGCCCAUAUAUCUCAAUUUCUACCUACGUCACAGCGAAUUGUGCAAUUUUCAAAUGGCAAGAGACAUGACAGAGGGAGGCAGGGACCUGGACCAAAUGCUCAUGUUGUGUACAUUGAUGGGGCAUUUGAUCUCUUCCAUGCUGGACAUGUGGAGGUAUCCUUAACUACUAGAAUUUUACUUCCAGCCAAAAUUCUCAGGUGUGCUAGGCAGCUUGGAGAUUUUCUGCUGGUUGGGAUCCACACUGACCAGAUUGUGAGUGAACACAGGGGGAAGCACUACCCAAUUAUGCAUCUGCAUGAGCGUAGUCUUAGUGUGCUGGCUUGCCGUUAUGUUGAUGAAGUCAUCAUGGGUGCACCUUGGGAAGUUUCCAAAGAUAUGAUUACAACUUUCAACAUCUCUUUGGUUGUGCAUGGAACUAUUGCAGAGUGCAACUCCAUGUUGGCUGGCAUAGCUGAUCCCUAUGCAGUUCCAAAGAGCAUGGGAAUUUUCCGAAUUCUUGAAAGCCCUAAACGUAUUACUACCACUUCAGUGGCUCAAAGGAUUGUUGCCAAUCAUGAGGCUUACAUGAAACGCAACGCCAAGAAGGCAGAAAGUGAGAAAAAGUACUAUGCAGCGAAGGUCUAUGUAUCAGGAGAUUAGUGGAGAGCUAGUUUGGUGUACACUUCAUCUUAACGUCCCAUAGAAAUGCCUUUUUGCUCAAGACGCAAGUCUCAUAAUUUUGUUAGUGUGAAGGAGAUGAGAACGGAGCAAAAGAAGCUCUUUAUUAUUAUUAUUAUUAUUUUUUUCUCUCUCAUUUUGAUGUAACGUUAUAUGAGCACAGGCAAACCCUCUAUGUUUUCAUAUCAAAUGUUGAAACUGUUUGGGCGUUUAAGUU